CUGAUUCCUUUAGUGAUGUGAAAUCUGCUAUUAAGUAUGGUAGAGAUAAUGUGACUCUUCACAUUGUGGUAAAUGGUCUUAAGAGUAAGGAAUUAGAUUUAAAACAGAUGGGUGAGGGUAGAAAAUCCGAGGAAGUUAUGCAUGUGAGGGGUAGAGAAAAUAAUAUUAGACGACAUAGAUCUAAGUCUAGGUCUAAUUCGAGGCGUUGCUAUUAUUGUCAUGAACCUGGUCAUUUCAUAAAAGACUGUCCUAAAUCUAGGAAAAAUGAGCAUAGUGAGCAUGCUAAUUUGACUGCGUGUGAAGAUGAUUUAGGUGAUGUUUUUAUGAUGAGAAAUCUCUGUGAUUAUGACUAUUUGAGUUCUGUGAUAUCUGAUUCUUUGGGUAAAUCAGAUUGGGUGGUAGAUUCUGGUUGUAGUUUUCACAUGUCCCCUUCGAAAAAUGUUUUUUCAAACUAUAGAGAGAUUGAGCAUGGCUUUGUGUCUUUAGCAAAUGAGAAGAAAUGCAAUGUGCUAGGAAUAGGAGAUGUAUGCCUUAGGUUCUCUUCUGGUUAUGUGCUUACUUUAAAGAAUGUUAGGCAUGUUCCUGAGCUGUGUUGUAAUUUGCUAUCUUGUGCUUCUCUUGAAAAUGAGGGUUUGAAAGGAAAAUGGGGAAAGGGAAUCAUGAAAGUUGUGAAGGGUUGUUUAGUUGUUUUAAAAGUUGAGAUGAAAAACAACUUCUAUGUUUGUCACGCUGAACUCGUACUUGAUUCUGUGAAUUGUGUGCAACCCUGUGUGUUAGGAAAACAGUCUAGAGUUAGUUUUCCUGAUCUGCCUAAGUGUACUGCUGUUCUUGAUUGUAUUCAUGCUGAUUUGUGUGGUCCUUAUAGUGUUUCCACUCAUGGUGGGAAAAUUUAUUUUCUUACGUUGAUUGAUGAUUUUUCAAAGAAAGUAUGAGUUUUGUUGAUUGAGAAAAAAUCUGAAGUUUUUGAUAAGUUUAAAAACUGGAAAACCCUUGUUGAAAAACAAACCGGUAAGAAAAUAAAUUUUUUAAGGACCACUGUCAGUUUUGAUUUCUGUGAUGAUCAGCUUGGUGAUUUAUGUGAUACUUGGGGUAUUUCUAUGCAUAAAUUUGUUCCCUCCACACCCCAACCGGAUGGGGUUGCUGAGAGGAUGGUUAGAACUUUAUUAGAGAGGGUGAGAGCUAUGUUAGCUUCAUCUGGCUCUCUAAUAAGUUCUGGGGGAAGCUAUUUGUUAUGCUGUUGAUUUGGUUAAUCAGUCCCCGUCUGUUCCCUUAGGAGGGAAAUGCCCUGAAUCUGUGUUCACGGGCAAACCACUUAACUUGCCAAAUUUGAGAAUGUUUGGUUGCGCUGCUUAUGUGAAUCGUGUGAAUGAUAAAUCUAAACCUAGGACUAAGGAAUAUGUUUUCUUAGGAUAUCAUGAAUGCAUGAAAGGUUAUAGGCUUUGGUGUAGGAGUGAAACUUGCUUCAUUUUUGUUGAAAAUGAAUUUCCUUGCCUGCUUGUUUCUCCUGAUGUUGCUCCAAAUGAGGUGGAUCAUUUGCUUGAUGUUCAUUCUGAUUUACUUGUUGAAACCGAACCCAAAUUUGUGGAUGAAAAUGAUUUUCAUAUUGAAAAUAAAGAAAAUAUUGUUUCUAUUAAGGUGGAGCAUCAUAUGAAUGUUAUGUGCAAUAUGCGUGAGUUGCGUGAUUGCUAUGUUAUUAGAGAUAGAGGCAUUAAGGAGCAUGAGAGAAAUAAUAUGUGCAAUGUGUUUGACUAUAUUUCCUCUGAGUCUGCUUUAAAUGUGCUUAAUUCUCUUUUAAUUAAAUCCUUUGUGAUGUUUGAUAUGUUAUUUUCUUUGUGUUUUGAAAAUGUGAUACCAAAUGAUUAUGUGAGCUCUGCCUGUGCUAGUUAUAGAAAUACUAUUGUUUCUUUUAUUUUCUGUGUACUUGCUUUGUGUGGUUGUUAGAUUAUUUGGAAUCCCCAACUUCUCCCAGAUGCUUGCUUGCGUGG